UUUUACGACAGGACGUAUUCACCGGUUGUCAGAGCAACACCCUACCGCCGCUGUUGAGUUACAUUAGCAAGUAUAGCCAUUUAUAUCAAAGGAACGUGGUAUCCGAGGGAAUUGCUGCAACUACUCAGUUUGUUACUUUGUGUAUAUAUCUUUGUGCAACGAGUUAUAACAUGUUGACCUGCAUCAGUCGUUUCAGAGCGCACCACCACCAUUGUGGUGAAUAGGAAGACGUUUGAGAAAGUCAUGCAGCAUCGAAUCGAUUGCUGAGAAUUCAGUGUUCACGACAUCUUUCAAGAAAACUCAAUGUCCAUUUUCUAAACGAACGAGCCCUGUUGCCUUUUGGAUGCACGUAGCAACAUACACCAAACAGGCCUAAUCAGAGACCUACAUUCCAUGCCUGUGGUCCCCUUGCUAAGCACUAAAAGCCAGCCAAUGAUGCUAACCUUCACCACCCCUGAAGCAGAGGACGAAGCCUGUUGCCGGGACUCCCCGCAGAAACCUAGACCUCAAUUCACCCACUCAUGCCUGUGAUCCCUAUCCCUCGGCGAGUGCGCAGCUUCCAUGGCCCCCACACCACCUGCAUGCACUCAGCCUGCGGGCCGGCGCGCACCACCCAGCUUGUGCGCACCAAGUACAACAACUUUGACCUGUACCUGCGCUCGCGCUGCAUGUACGGCUUCCUGCGCUUCCUGCUCUACUUUGGCUGCAGCCUUCUGACCUCCCUCCUCUGGGUGUCGCUGUCUGCUCUCUUCUGCCUGCAGUACGUGAGCGCGCGCCUUUUCUUGCGGCUGCAGUACAAGCUGUCCGUGAUCCUGCUGUUGCUAGGACACCGGCGCUUUGACUUUGGGGUGCUCAACAACCUGUUCAUCUACAGUAUGCAGGUCACAAUGUUCCUGGUGGGAGGCCUGGGCUGGUGCUUCUUGGUGUUUGUGGACAUGUAGCGUCUGGUUACAACAGACCAUGGAUCACUGUUUUAUGCCAAUGUCAGACAUCCACCUGAGUGAUGCACGGCAGCCAUUUUGUACCAAAACACUACACACAGCAGCAGUUGUGAUGAAGGCGUGAGGAUGACCAGGAAUAAAAGGUGGUCAGAUUAUAUAGUGCAGGAAUUCAUGAAAGACCAGACAAUCAUACUUUUUUUCACAAACACACACACAUACACACACAGAAAAGUAUGUGGACAGCCCUUCAAAUUAGUGGAUUUGGCUAUUUCAGGAUCACCCUUUGCUGACAGUUGUAUAAAAUCAAGCACACAGCCAUGCAAUCUCCAUACACAAACAUUGGCAGUAGACUUACUUAAAGAGCUCAGUUACUUUCAACGUGGCACCAUCAUAGGAUGCCACAUUUCCAACAAGUCAAUUCGUAAAAAUUUUGCCGUGCUAGAGCUGCCCCGGUCAACUGUAAGUGCUGUUAUUGUGAAGUGGAAACGUUGAGGACUUAGCCACAAAAAGGCAGCCACACACAAGCCUAAGACCACCAUGUGCAAUGACAAGCGUCGGCUGGAAUGGUGUAAAGCUUGCCACCAUUGGACUCUGGAGCAGUGGAAAUGCGUUCUCUGGAGUGAUGAAUCCCGCUUCACCAUCUGGUAGUCCAACGGACUAAUCUGAAUUUGUCGGAUGCCAGGAGAACGCUACCUGCUCCAAUAGUGCCAACUGUAAAGUUUGUUGGAGGAGGAAGGAUGUCCUGGAGCGAGGUUCAUACAGAAAUGGUUUGUCGAGAUUGGUGUGAAAGAACUUGACUGGCCUGCACAGAGCCCUGACCUCAACCCUAUAAAACACCUUUGGGAUGAGCCAUGCGAGCCAUGCCCAAUCGCCGAACAUCAGUGCCAGGCCUCAUAAUGCUCUUGUGUCUGGCUGAAAGCAAGUCGCCACAGCAAUGUUCCAACAUCUAGUGGAAAGCCUUCCCUGAAGAGUGGAGGCUGUUAUAGCAGCAAAGGGAAAACCACUCCAUAUGAAUGCCCAUGAUUUUGGAAUGAGAUUUUCAUUGAGCAGGUAUCCACAUACUUUUGGUCAUGUAGUGUAUAUUAGCUAUCAAACCAUGUAAAGGAACAACCUAAUUCUGUAUAUAUAUAUUUUUUAAAUGCAACUAACUGGAUUUAUGUCAACUCUGUCAGACACCAUAAAAGGCAUUUCAUUUUUACAUGUAUUGUCCAACAAGUGUUUAAAGGCCUUGCUUGUUUCAUUCUAACACGGGUAUUAUUACAUAUUUGAAUAAUCUAAUCUCCAAACUUCUUUUUGUUUUGUUUUAUAGCGCUAUAUAAUGCUUCAGGACUAAUUUUGUUAGCAUUUUGGCAUGUUUUUCCUGAUUUAAAACAUAAAACAACGUUUAUAAAGCAAACAUUAUCCCUUCGGUCUAGCACAGCAAAUGUGUCAAUAGUUGAAGCAUGUGUUGCAGAACAGUGAUUUAAAUUAUUUUUUUCUGAAUGUUAACGCAUAUCGAUUUUAAUAGGGCUGGCCAUCAUUGACGGAGUUGACAAGCCACUGACGGAGUUGACAACAAAUACUCAAAACAUUGACAUUUUUGCUUCAAUAGAAACAUUUGUCAAAUGUACAAAAAUGUUUUAUUUGAAAACCCCCAAUAGAAAUAUAACCAUUAUAUUAGAUCUUUCAGCACUCUGACGGAGUUGAUGUUAGACAAAAAUCUGACAGAGUUGAUGUUUUACGGAGUUGACAAAAAAACUAUUUUUUCAUCUUCAUUAAAGUGCUUUACAAAGUAGCAAA